AUGCGGAACUUUGGAGAAGUGUGCUGCCACAUAAGAGCUUCUCAGCGUGCCGCGGCAGCAGCAGCACCAGCAGCACGCUGCCAUUCAGCAAGUUCUGCUGCUGCUGCUUCUGCUGCUGUUGCUGCUGUCCCCUGGGGUAGCUUGCGCUCACGCCGCUUGGCCUCCCUGUCUGUUGCUGCUGCUGCAUUGUCUCUUCAGAGCAGCAGACCGGCACCUGGCGAAGCAGCUGGAAGCCGCAGCGAUGGAGGAGUAGCUGCAACAACAGCAGAAGCAGCAACAACAGAGGCAGCAGGAGCAACAGCAGCAGCAGCAACAGCAGCAACGGAGGCCCCAGAUGGCGCACAAUCUUCAGUUGUGCUUCUGCCGCUGUUCCAUGAGCUGAGGCAGCAGCCGCAUUUGCUGCUUGCUGUUGGGAAGCGAGCAGCAGCAGCAGCGGAGCAGCAGCAGCUGCAGCGCUGGAGAAAAACGGAAAAUCUUGUCUUGGGCCAGCAGCAGCAGCCCCUGCUACUGCUGAGCUCCUACAAUUCUGCUGCUGCAGUGCUGCGCCAAACUGACCAAAAGCACGCCGAAAAACAGCAGCAGCAGCAGCAGCGCGCUACCGAGCAGCAGCAGCAGCAGCAACGGCAGCAGCACCAGCAGGCUACCCUGCAGCAGCAGCAGCAACAAUGCUGGCUUCAGUCCACGGCUGCGCAGAGUGAACCUGCAAACGGCAGCAGCUGCAGCAGCAGCAGCAGCAGCAAAAGCAGUUCUCUUCUACGUCAACGGCCCCAAGUGCCGAGCGAGCGUUCAGCAGCAUUGGAGGUGGAAGCAGCAGCUGGAGGAGCAACAGCAGAAACAGCAGCAGGAGAAGCAGCAGCAGCGGGAGAAAGCGCAGCAACAACAGCAGCAGCAGCAGCAGCAGGGAUAGCAGCUCGCCAGCUGCUGCGAUCUGCUGCUGCCUCUCUGCGCUCUUCCCCAGUCAGCCAAAUGACGGCGCAGCAGCUGGUCGCACUGGGAUAUUUUCUUGUCAGCAGCAGCAGCAGCAGCAGCAGCAGGUGCAGCAGCAGCAGUAGCAGCGGAAGCAGCAGCAGAGAAAGGCGCGAUUUGCUGCUGUGCCGCCACUUGCUGCUGCGCCUUCUGGUCUUGUUGAGAGAGCACAAUGGAGGCAUUCGCGCUGCAGCUGCGCAGCAGCAGCAGCAGCAGCAGCAAGAGCAGCAACGUCAAGAGAAGCAGCAGCGGCAGCUGCAAGAGCUGCAGCAGCAGCAGCAGCAAAUAAUAAAUGGGCAGCAGCUAACUCAAAUUCUCAAGAGCCUCGCAAGGCUCCGCGUGUUUGGCCGUUUGCUGCAGUCUCCGUGGGCUGCUGCAGCAGAUGCGGCGCAUCCCGCUGCUGCUGCUGCUGCUGCUUCUCCUACUGCGUCGGCUGAUGCUACUUCUGCUGCUCCUGCUGUAGUGGCAAGUGCUGCUGCUGCUGCUGCUGCUGCAGUAGCAGCAGAGGCCAAGGACCGAGGCAGCGCGCUCUUCAGCGCAGCACAGCCUGUCUUCCCUGCUGCCUUCUAUCGGCUGCUGGGAGAAAAUAGCAGCAGCAGCAGCAGCAGCAGUAGCAGCAGCAGCAGCAGCUGCACUCUGCAGCUGGCUCAGCUUGGCGUGUCAGAGCAGCAGCAAAACGUGGAGCAGCAGCAGCAGCAGCAGCAGCAGCGGCACCAGCAGCAACCCCCGUGGCACCUGACCCUCUUAGGACCCGACUCCCGAGCGACUUCAUCGCAAACGCAGUGCAAUCUGCUGCAGCUUGAGGAGCAGAAGCAGCAGCAGCAGCCGCAGCAGGACCAACAGAGGCAGCAGCAGCAGCAGCAGGGCCAGCAGAAGCAGCAGCAACAGCAGGAGCAUCGGCAGCAGCAGCAGCAUCUCGAUCCUUCAGAGUCUGCUGCUGCGCUGUGUGCAGCACAGAUCGCCUUGUCUCUUUGUCUGGAGCUCUCCAUAAUAUUUGCCGCUGAUUUGCAGCGCAUGCUGCAGCAGCCGCAGCAGCAGCAGCAGCAGCAGCAGCUCGCAAGCAGCAGCAGCAGCAGCUGCUGCUGCGACGCUGCUUCAAGUGGGCCCCACAAAGACCAAAGACGCAAAGCUUUGGGGGCCUUGAUGGGCCCCGAUGAGAUGCCUCGUGCUGCGCUGCACUGCGCAGUCCUGUUCCACCCUUUCACCAGCAGCAGCAGCAAGAGCAGCAGCAGCAGCAGCAGCAGCACCGGCUUCACAGUUUCGGAUCCUUUGAAGGGAGCUUGCCAGGCAGCGCUGUUGCUGCAGUCUCUGUGGGCUCACCUGCUGCUGCGCAUGCAGCCCCAAUUCAACGCCAAGUAA